AUGGCUUCUAGGAUAGAAGGGAUUGUGUUCUUGAUCUUUGCAGUGGCUUUGCUAGAGGGAGCAACCGCAGCAACAACAUACAAAGUUGGAGGUGAUGCCGGUUGGAUAGUUCCUGUUAAUACUACUUUCUAUGAGAAAUGGGCUGCUGAUAAGAAGUUUGAGGUUGGAGAUUCAUUAGAAUUCGUCUGGACAAGCACACAUACUGCCAUGGAGGUAACGACAAAGGCCGACUACGAUACCUGUGUUAAGACAAAUGGAAUACUUAAACAAACCAGUCCUGCAACCUUUCCUUUAACAAAAGAUGGAACAUAUUACUUCAUUUGCACCGUUGGACCACACUGUUCUUUGGGUCAGAAGGUUACCAUUGUUGUUGGAAAUGGAAACUCAUCCUCUCCUUCUCCAUCUAUGCCAAAGAAUCAUGCUGCGUUUUCUGCUGUUCUAUCCACCACCACCAUUGCUGCUGCCAAUUAUACUCCUAAAACAUUGGUUGAUAGACACAAGAAAAUGGCCAGCCGCUUGUGUUUCAAUAUUGGGUUCUUGAUUGUUGGAUUACUAGGUUUGCUGGUUCAUGGUGCAAAUGCAGCUAAUAAAUGUAUAGUUGGAGGUGAUUUGGGAUGA